AUGCACUCUAUGGAUUUCUGUGCAUUGCUUCCCUGUAUUUCUUUACCUCCUUUCCUACUUAGAAUCUUUCCAUCUGUGCUCACAUCAUAUUUAUCAAGAUUCUCUUGCUUCAUACUUUCAAAUAUUUCUUUUGUUUUUUCUUUUAUUUCUGUCUUUUUUGGUUCAGUUUUCCUUCUGGAAUCCGGAGAUUCCUCGUCGGCCGUAUGCAUACUAAGCUCAUUAUCAUUUAAAUCGACUCCCUCUUCUAAAUCUGGAAAUUUUGGUGUGGCUUUAUUUUGUUUAAGUACUUGUUGAUUAUUUUCAUUGGUGUCGGUUUGGAGUAGGGGAAGUAAUUUUUUAAUUUGCUCCAGUGCUGGAUCAUCCAUUUGUCUUAUUGAAACAUUCAUUGGUCUCUCAUUUUGGUCCUUUAACAUGUGUAGAUAACGUCUCAAUUCCUGGUUAUAAUUUAUAUUCUUUAAUUCAGUGUUGGCAUUUUGUCUU